AUGUCUGAUGAGAAAGUAGAUUUGGAUCAACUAGAGGAAAAUUCUCUAGACACUGAAGCUUAUUUGCAAAAAGAAAUAGAAGAUGAAAAUAAUCAUGCUAUCAAUUAUCGAAACUGUUCUUGGCAACGAACUGCAGGUUUAUUGUUUAGUGAAUACAUUUGCCUUGCGAUCAUGUCAUUCCCUUGGAGCUAUUCCGUGCUAGGAUUAGGUUUGGGCUUAAUUGUUACAGUUAUUGUUUCGUUGUUGUGUCUUUACACAGGGCUCAUCAUUGCUGACUACUGUGCAGCAUAUCCUCAUUUAACUGAUGUGUGUGAUAUUGGACGUCAUUUAAUUGGUCCCAAAUGGGUUUGGUAUGCCACUGCAGUGGCAUUUCUUUUAAAUAAUACUUUAAUUCAGGCAUUACAUGUGCUUGUGGGGGCCAAAUAUUUCAACACCAUCAGCGAUAACCAUACUAUCUGUUCCAUUGUUUUUAGUGUCGUCUCAGCAAUCAUUUGCUUCCUUAUUUCUCUCCCCAGAACUUUUAGUCACAUGUCCUCAGUCGGGUAUUUUUCAGCAAUCACUAUGUUCAUUGCUGUUGUUUUAGCAAUGGCAUUUGUUGGUGUGCAAUCUCACCCAUAUGGGUUUAAAGAAGGUACCCCAGUUCAUUGGACAGCAUGGCCAGCAAAAGGAGAAAAAUAUGUGAACAUCAUGUCUGCGGUGUUAAACAUUGUUUAUACUUUUGUGGGACAAAUCACGUAUCCUUCAUUUAUUUCACAAAUGAAGCAACCAAAAGACUUUAAAAAGGCAUUGAUAGUGGUGACAAUUUGUGAAUUGAUUACGUUUUCCUUGGCUGGAUCUAUUAUAUAUGUCUAUGUCGGUAACGCAUAUAUUACGGCUCCAGCAUUUGGUUCUUUAGUUGGGAACUAUAAAAAAAUUGCCUUUAGUUUUGCCUUGCCAACAAUUAUAUUUCUUGGUGCCUUGUACAGUAAUGUGUCCUCCCAAUUUUUGUUCCAAAAAAUUUUCAGUAAAAACAGUGUUCAUAGGAACAAUCAUACUGUUACUGGUUGGGCAGUUUGGAUUGGUUUAAAUGGGACACUAUGGGCUAUUGCAUUUGUUAUUGCCGAAGUCAUUCCAUUUUUCAGUGAUUUGUUGAGUUUAAUGUCUUCAUUGUUUGAUUGUUUUUUCGGAUUUAUCUUUUGGGCAUUGGCAUUUUUCCGAUUGAAAAGGUUGUACCAUUAUAAGAAAACUGGAGAAAAUAUAUCUUUGUUUCAAUUAUUCAAACUGGCAAGCAUAUUCCAGAAGUUCCAAUACGGUUUAAAUGUGAUAAUAUUUGGAUUAGGGAUUUAUAUUCUUGGUCCUGGGUUAUAUGCAACUAUUCAAAGUAUUAUUUGGUCCUAUCAAGCAAGUUUGUAUGGAAAACCAUUUUCCUGUGUAUCUAAUGCUAUAUAG